CAAUUACACGAGCUAGAAAAUACAAAAAGCUCCUUCCUUCCUUCCUUCCUCUCACGUUACGUUACCAGAGUACCAGAUGAUGUCGUCUCCGUUCAACGUCGAAGCUGCCGGGAUUUAGAUGAACGGUCGGCAAGAGAAUCAAAAAGUUGAGUUGGGUUUUGGAAAAUUUGCCAGAGAAGCACCUCGUCGCUGGUUCAGUCUUCCCCCGCUUGCCGCGUCGAUAAAUCCCCUGUGACUGCUGCCUGGAAUUCUGGUCCGUUCGCUAGUCGUACUCGAGCUCGAUUCAAACAUUGAAUCACCUUUUAUCAUAGCUUUGCCCAUUUAAUUCGCAACUGAAAUCUGAUUGAAUUGUCUCGGUGUCUAGAAAUCUCGGCGGUGGUUGAAUUGGCGAAGAGGGAGCUAUGAACAAAAGGUCCAGUUGCUGUGCGAUUUGUGAGCACUCAAAUCGGGCUUCCAUUUGUGCAGUUUGUGUCAAUUACAGGUUAAAUGAAUUUAGUAACUUGUUGAAAUCGUUGAAGAGCCGGCGGGAUUUGUUGUACUCGAGACUAAGUGAAGUCCUUGUGGCAAAGGGGAAGGCAGAUGAUCAGUCAAAUUGGAGAGUGCAGCACAAGGAGAAGGUCGUAAGUUUGAAGGAGAAGCUGUGUCGUAGUAGAGAACGGCUAAUUCAAGGGAAGGCUAAGGUUGAGAGGAUGUCGGGUGAGCUAAAAGUCAAAUACAAUGUCUUAGAUUCAGCUCGUAGUGUGUUAGAAAAGAACCGUUUGGAACAACUUGACAAGUUCUAUCCAAACCUCAUAUGCACUCAGAGUUUAGGCCAUAUGGCUAUUACCACGGAACUACUUCAUAAACAAUCUGUUGUCAUAAAACAGAUAUGCAAGUUGCUACCUCAACGGAAGGUGAAAAUCGAAGGGGAGAGAACUAGUGGCCAAUUUGAUCAAAUCUGCAAUGCACGCUUACCAAGAGGACUUGACCCCCACUCUGUACCGUCAGAGGAGCUUGGUGCCUCACUGGGGUACAUGGUGCAGCUUCUAAAUCUUGUUGUUCGUAACCUGGCUGCCCCUGCUCUUCAUAAUGCUGGUUUUGCGGGCUCUUGCUCUCGAAUAUGGCAACGUGAUUCUUACUGGAAUGCCCGGCCCUCAUCAAGAAGCAAUGAGUAUCCUCUUUUUAUACCCCGCCAGAAUUAUUGCUCUGGCAGUGGUGAAAAUUCAGUUACUGAUUCUGAUAGAAGCUCCAGUAACUUUGGUGUUGCCUCAAUAGAGUCAGAAAGAAAGGCAUAUCUUGAUUCUUCCCGGAGUAGUAGCUUCAAUUACUCAUCGGCCUCUGCCCAUUCAGUAGAAACACACGAGGACUUGCAGAAAGGCAUUGCACUUCUGAAGAAAAGUGUGGCUUGUGUGACAGCUUAUUGUUAUAACUUGCUGUGCUUAGAAAUUCCUUCUGAAACAUCUACCUUUGAAGCCUUUGCAAGACUAUUGUCAACGCUUUCUUCUUCAAAAGAAGUCCGGUCUGUUUUCUCCAUGCAAAUGGCUUGUUCAAGGUCUGGUAAACAAGCUCAAAAGUUAAAUAAAUCUGUCUGGAAUGUAAACUCAGCCUUUUCAUCCAGCGCUUUACUGGAUAGUCAACAUGCACUGCAUCUAACGAAGAACAUGAGUGAAUAUAACCUCCUAAACUCGACCACCAGUUUCCUGUACGGCCCUACCGAUAUGUCAGAGUUGGGGAAAUACGAAGGGCUCAUUGAUGGAUGGGAUCUGGUGGAACACCCUAAAUUUCCUCCUCCGCCUUCGCAUACCGAAGACAUCGAGCAUUGGACUCGCGCCAUGUUCAUCGAUGCUACAAAGAAGAAAUAAAACCUUUUGCAGUGAUGCAGACCUUAGCAAGCAGGCUACUUCUGUACAUAUUGCAGUUCUCUGCUCUGUUGUUUGGCUGUACAAUGUACAUAUAUAGACCUAGAGAGCUAGUCUCUGUCGCCUUUGAUUCUUAACUUGUUCUAGCAUCACAUCAGCCUCUCUCGUGUAAAUUUGAAUGCAUGAUAUAAGAUAAAGGGUAAUCUGCUCAACUGAACUGCUGAGCUUACUCUUAUAUCUACAUCUGAAACUGCCAUUAACAUGUGAAGUCAGCAGAAUUCACAUGGUCCACACCACAUAAAAGCUAGGUGGGGGUGCAAAGUGAUCAAUGUGAGUGGUUUUUAUUUGCAAAGGUAAAAAUCUCUUGGAUUUUACUUUCAUGCAUCACUUAAUAUGUCCAAU